CUCCAACUUCAAUUCAUCAUCACUCUCCUUCCAGCAUCAACAAUGCCAUCACCAACCCUCUCCCAAUUCUGGUGGAUGACACCAAUCCAAUUCCUCGCCGCUCUAACAGCAGGUUUCAACUCCGGCGCAACCGGUCUCCAAGCCCCUCUAACAAUGCCCAUCCUCGAACUCUCAUCCAUCCCAGCGGUAUACCGGGGCAAACAACUCCGACAUCUCCUGACCGCCAGCGACAAAUUCUUCCCGAAACUCAACGCAGUUUCGACGCUCUCAAAUCUCGUUUUAGGGGUGAUUUGUUUUUUGAAACGUAAGGAGAGUCGUGUCGCGAGCGAGAAGUGGAAAUUUUUGGUUCUUGCGUUUGGGCUGAAUUUUGGGACGACGGUUUUUACGCUGGGGUAUAUGGCGCGUUUGAACGAUUUGUUGAGGGAGUUGGCGCGGAAGAUUGAGGUGGAUCCGAGUGAUGGUGUGGCGGAGAGGAGGUUUGGGGAGACGCAGGUUUUGUGGAAGAGAGGGGCUAAUUUUCGUACUGUCAUCAUGACCUCGGCCGCAGCUGUUUCGAUCUACACGCUGUAUCUCGACGGAAAGUACCUUGGGAUGCCAAUGUAAAGGAUGGGAUAUCUCGAAAGAUAGAGAUAGAGCAGAUGGACAGUCAAACGGACAGGCAAGCGAAUUCUUGUUGUUUGGAAACCUCAUUGAAUCAGUAACCGCAUUACUAUCAAAAAAUUUUGACAUGUCAACCAUGAUAUCUCACAUCCUGAUCGACGCCGUUUCGCACACUGACAAUGCUUCUUCACUUUCUUAUCAAUGAAAAUAUCCACCUCUUCAUCAGACUAUUUACAGCAUGCCAACAACAGCCAGACCGAUGGCACCAAUGGCACCGGCAGCGAUGAGUGGAGCAGAGGUUGGUGCGGCGAAAGCAGACGAAGUGCCAGUGGCAGACUGGGCUGCGCUCGAAGCGGCGUUGGUGGCGGAUGAGUGAGCGGCACUGGCAGUUGCAGAGAGCGUCGCGGCGACGUUGCUUUGGCUGGCGAUGGCCUGGGUGAUGGAGGAGCGGAGGCCAGAAAGCGAGCUGGCGGCAGCACCCGUGGCGGUGGAAAGCUCGGAGUUGGCAGCCGCGAGAGCCGCAGAGGCAGAGCUCUGAGCAGCGUAGACGCUGGUCAAUGCAGCAUUGAUGAUGCUAGACUCCUUGGCCAUAGCGGAGGUGGCGGCAGCGUAGGCAGCAGAGUUGUAGGAAGCGAGCUGCUCUGGAGACAUGCUGGCGUUGCUUGUAGCAGCAGCGGCAGCAGACACGACCGCUGCGCUGAUGGACGCGACCUGGGCUGAGACAGAUGCGAGAAUGGCAUCGACAGAGGAGCUCUGAGCGUAAGCCAUGGCGGCCAGGCCGGAGACGAUGAUCGCGGACGACUUCAUGUUGAUUAGUGGUAUUAGAGAGUUGGUAUAGAGGCCGUUGGUAUCGAGAUAGGCGGAUAGCGAUGCGAUAUCGAUGCGACAAUGGCUGUGUGGUAACGACCGACUGGAAUGUUGAUGAAGGGCGCAAAAGAGAGGACAAGGGGAAGAGAGCGGAUACGGGACUGUAUAAAACCCUUGGGCCAGCACGCGCACUGUCACGCAGUAGUGCGCGCACCUGGCACGCGUAUUGCGAUUCGAGGCUGAAAAUGCAAAGCGGUCACUACAGCUCGAACAGGUAUCGCUCGUGCACGAAGGGCUGCCCCAGCGUGAGAUUUGAUUGGUCUGUACCUGAAAUAUGCAUUUGUCUCGCAACGUUUAUUAUUGCUCGCGC